UACAUUUUUCAUCUUCCUUGAACUAACAUAAACCGCCCGUAAAUGUACUUGAAUGUUUGUACUUUUAGCAUGGUACUUUAAAACGUGGAAGUAAAUAAACAAAUUGUGUUGAUUUAUUGAGGUUGGCAAAUGCGUCUAGUGCUAAAAUAGUGUUAAAAUCUAUUCGAAUAAUUGUUGAUAAUACAUACAUAUAUACAACCACGCAACAUACAUAAAUACAUUUAUAUAUGUAAACUGUUAUCUCGCUAUAAAACUACACUUUAAUAAUCCAACAAAUACAUAUGGGAUUCUAAUCGCGUUUUUUAAAAAGUCUAAACACAUUCUUAAAUCCCAUGUUAAUUAAAUUAAUCAACAAUAGAGCCAACACAACUAAAACUAUUGUAGGUGUAAGGCAUUAGUUUCAAUUGCUAAACCUCAUUCGUCCUAUAAUGUACGAGUAUAGUAAAGCAAAGCUAAAUGUUCAAUAAUAUUGGAAUUAUUCAAUGUUCGAUCAAACAGUAGAUUCUAGUCGCUUGUUGUCCGUGCUUUCAACACACAAAUGAUUUUAUAGAAUGGCUUUCACCGACCUAUAACCAUGGUCACACCAUUUUACAUUUGCUAUUGUUACAUGCUAAGGCUAAGUACUACAAUUAUUUUAUUGAAGAACUGGUCUCUCUCUAUAAGUUCAGUUUUCACUGUUUCCAAUUUGUUGGAAUAUUACUGCCAUUAUCUGUGCACCUAAUAUAAUUCAGAUAAGCAAAUCCAUAUUUUAUGACCAAUAUCAGAUGUCACCACCAGACUUUGCUUGCUUACACGUAAACCUUUGGGGUUUUGCAGAGUUUUUCGCGCAAGCGUUAGUCGAACCUUGUUGUUGGUCGCAUGGACACAUUUAGUUCAAUCCGCGUAUUCAUUUAUCAAAGUUCCCAGUCAUAAAUCCAUAAAUUACUGAGCCACAUUUGGUUUGACAUGACUAGGCGUGUGGAAUACAUUGUGAUUUGGAUAAAAAAUAUUGAGAACAUAUCAACUCAUGCGAACGCUGAGGAAAAAGAUGAAGAAAAGGAAGAAAAAGAUAUUUGUUGUGGUCCCAACAGGAAAUCUUCCAUCACCGAAGAUAUUGGUGCAGCACAGGUCAACAAACUCAAGCCAAUCGAAGAGGGAACCGAAGAAAGCAAAGCUAUAAACACUAAUACUACGGCAACUGAUAAUGACGCAGCCAAUGUAGCUUCUGGUAACGUUCAGGAACUCGGAGGCGGCGAUUCCAAAUUGCCGUAUAAUACCUUGUCUUCAACCACUGUCAAAGUAGAGACUACUGAACACGCCCCUAAUUCAUCAGAGUCUGAAUCGAAUUUAGUCUCCACUGGGUCCCACAAAUCCACACAGAACUCCAUUAAAUUCUCAACAGUGUCGGAAACACUUGAAAGUCUGCUCAGUGACACUGACAAAGCCCAUACAAAGGAAAAUCGAGAUUCAGUGGUUGAUACCACAGCGGACGGACUGUUACAUAAGACAAUUGCCGUCGAGAGUCCACUAAGCCGAGAUAACUCAACCUCGAGUGUUUUUGGCAAAACUAAAUUAUCUAAAACACCAUCGUUUUCCAAAUUAUCCAGCAGCUUGCAGAGUUCGCUGGGAACACUUAGCGGCAGCCGCCCUGAUGAGGACACCAUCAGCAAGUCCAGCGAUACCUCUGGAGAGUUAGUGCGCGGCAUAUGCGACGAUUCGAGUGCUGUUGAUAAGCCAAAAGGCGGUUCGCGGCUCUCGGAGCGAGCCAAAAAGAAGUCCUGGUACAACGUCCUCUAUCCGAAUUACAAAUCUCGUGCAGAGGACUUCAAGAAGCUCUUUAAGGAAGUACCGAGCGAGGAGCGUCUCAUUGUAGAUUACUCGUGUGCAUUGCAGCGCGACAUACUCGUGCAGGGACGGUUGUAUGUCUCCCAGAAUUAUGUGUGUUUCCAUGCGAAUAUAUUCCGAUGGGAAACAUAUUUAACCAUACGUUGGAAGGAUGUUACGUCAAUAACAAAGGAGAAAACUGCUCUUGUCAUACCGAAUGCCAUUUCGAUUUGUACUGCUAAUGAAAAGUACUUCUUUGCUACAUUUACAACACGUGACAAGGCGUUUUUGAUGCUCUUUCGAGUAUGGCAGAAUACGUUGAUGAACAAGCAAAUGCUACCGCAAGAAAUCUGGCAAUGGGUGCAUAAUUGUUACGGCGACGAACUUGGUUUAACCACAGACGACGAAGAAGACUACAUUGAUCCGACCACAGUACCCACAGAGAACGAAGGUGACAUUGAUUAUGUAUCAGCACUAGAAGACGCAAACUCUAUUGUUAGCUCAACUCUCACAAGCGACUACAACACGACACAUUCAACUCUCAACGCCAACAUCAGCGGCGGCAAUAGUUCCAGCACAAGCAGCGGCGGCGGCGGUGCCACUAAAUCCAGAUCAAGGUCAUACUUUUUCAGUUCGAAUAAAUCGAUUUCGAACUCUUUGACCACAACGUCGACAAGCGGUUCAGAUAACAAAGCAAGUGACAAUAACAGAAACGAACGCGAAUCCAUAAACACAAUGAACGCGAAGGAGUUAACACUGACUUCGGUGAAGCCCGACGAUGAUGCUGGCAAGAGUAAGAUGGGCAGUUCUACUACCAAUGAAAGUGGCAGCGGCGCCAGUAAAGACACAAAAAGUUCAACGCUUAAAGCGCAAACGCAUGAAAAGCGCAAAGUCUCAAAGAGUACGCGCGUCCGAGAUGAGGCGGCGAGCAAUAAUCAAACCAAUUUGCCUACAGAUGUCUCUGGCUCUAGUGACUCUGAAGAGAACAAAACUCCUUUUGUUGCAACGGCGGAAUGCACAUCAGCACAUGAGGGCCGUCAAUUAGUACACACAAUACUUCCCAUAAAUGUAGAUACGCUCUUCAACUUGCUCUUCUCAAAGUCUAAAUUCCUAAUGGAAUUCCAUGCGAUGCGCAAGACCGAGAAUAUGUCUUUCGGCGAAUGGGUAACUGAUGAGGACGGUAAGAAGACGCGCGCUGUGAGCUUGACCGUGCAGUUAAUAGCUUCCGUGGGACCAAAAGCAGCCAAGGUUACCGAGACGCAAGAGAUGCGUGACUGCAGCAAACCGGGCGAACUGUAUUCCAUAGAUAUAACUAGUGUUAACGCUGGCAUUCCAUAUGCUGAUAGUUUUAGUGUUUUAAUGCAUUACUGCUUCGUAAGAACCGUUGAUGACCACACAAUGUUGUCUGUCCAUGCGCAAAUUAAAUACAAAAAAUCCAUUUGGGGUGUCGUCAAGGGCUUCAUAGAGAAGAACACUUGGGCUGGCUUGGAGGAGUACUUCAACGCAAUGCAACAGGCUUUGCAAAGUGAGACCUGCAUACCACCCGCCAAGGCCAAGGGACGACGUCCACGUCGCGGUACUGCGGCCCAAGCUCGCCCCGCGGAAGAAGUGCCCGAAGCUCAAACUAAAAGCGAAGCAGUUGAAGUGGCCGUGGCCACCAGUCGGCGCAAUGUGCCGCGGCUACCGCUCGUCACCGCACAGCAGUCCGCCGUCGACCCGGAACCGCAAAACAAGCACAAGUGGCUGUCGGUGUUCGUGAUUGGCCUAUUGUGUUUCUUAAUCGUUCUAAAUGUCAUACUCCUACUUAAGCUGUGGACUUUGGAAGAGCGCAUCGACGAAGAUGUGAGCAAUAGAGCGCGCUUACCAAAUUUGGCUGCUUUGCGGGAAUUGCCGAACUCGAACGAAGAGUGGGUGGAGUUGUUGCGUCAGCAGGAGAUCUUGCACGAGGCAGAGCUGAAGAAGUGGCACAAAGUGUUGCAAACUGCCAUUGAAUUGCUGAAAAAGGUGAGCGCCGUGUGCGAAUUUAUUUACAAGAAUGACAAACUAACACAACAGAUCGAAAAGAUCCAUGAGGAGCUCUAGUUCUAAACUCACACACUCAACUGCAUGAAGGAGUUUCACGUCAAUAAACAACUAAUUUUUAUAACAGUUAUCCACACAUUAUGAAACAUACACACGCAUAUAUAUAUAUAGCGCCAUAACCCCGUAAAUAAUUUGUAAGCUUUCAAUAUACAAGUAUAUUAAGCAUUAAAACGCUUUAUACCACAUAAAUGAAAUGUAGCAAAUUGACUAAUGAGAAACCCAAAAAGGCACUGAUAUAUUUACAUGUAUAUGUGUUAGUUACAAUCGUUUAUACUUAACCUAAGUUCGUAAUACACACUGAGGUUCCCCGUUUAGUUGAACUUACUAAUGACUAAAAAGGAAAAAAAAAAUAUUUUCAAUUAGAAAAUGUUUUAACACACUCAAAAGCUAUGGAACAAUUCGCGCUGAGCCAUUUUGAGCCACCAAUAACUGUAACAGAUUCCUCUAUGUUUUUGUUGUAAAAUCUUUUUUUUUUUUUGUAUUAAUUAAUUUUAAUAACUUUACCCUUAAUACUCUUUUAUUUUACUCUGACCAAUUGACUUAAAACAAAAUUAUCGGUUU